AUGGCAUGGCCACCGCUUCCGCUCCCAACGAAAGACGGUGAGGCUACCCAUUCGGUUGAGGUUAACAUUUAUGCGGAAGAAACCUGGAUCGAGGGCAAUGACAGCGCUAAUAAUGACAACGUAAGCAACGAGGCCAACAAUGUUAUCUCACCAAUCACACUUAGCUCUGCAAUCAGAGUAAGCGCAGGAUUGAUGAUGAA